GGCAGCCACGGCUCCCUUUUGCGUUCCACCCAGGGGGCACCACAGUGGAGAUGAGGAAUUCAGAAGAACCAACCGCAACGACAGUUUUACAGCGUUUGCUGCAGGAGCAGCUCCGAUAUGGGAAUCCCAACGAGAGCCGCACCCUCCUUGCUUUGCACCAACAGGCCACCCUGCCUUUUGCCAGCAACGGGAGCCCCGGGGCUCCCAACGAAGGGCUGAGCAGCCAGGACCAUCCCAUUGGGACCCAUGUUGCUCGCCAAGAGCCCCAGGGCCAGGAGAUUCAAAUGGACAACUGUAUCAUGGAGAAGCAGCUCUCGCCAAGGCUCCAAACAGGCGAGGACCUCCCGACCUACGAAGAAGCCAAAGUCCAGUCUCAGUAUUUCAGGGGUCAACCGCACGCCAGCGUUGGAGCGGCGUUUUAUGUAACCGGUGUCUCCAACCAGAAGAUGAGGACCGAAGGGCGCCCCACCGUACAGCGGCUGAGCCCAGGGAAGGUCCACCAGGAUGAAGGACUGAGGGACCUCAAGCAAGGACACGUCCGCUCCCUGAGUGAGCGGCUGAUGCAGCUGUCUCUGGCUACCAGUGGCGUGAAGGCCCAUGCCCCCGUCACCAGCGCCCCACUGUCCCCUCUCUCCUCCCAACAGACUAAUGACUUCUACAAGACUUCUGGGGCAGGCCCUCCGCAGCCCGGGGUGAAAGGCAUGGAGCACAGGGGGCCUCCUCCCGAAUACCCAUACAAGAAUGUGUCCAGCCCUUCUAUGGGCUGUAAGCCUCUGGAUCCUGGGCAUUUCUAUAGUGACCACCGCCUGCCCCAGCAAGGACGCUCUGACGGGCCCACCAUGAGAUACCAGCAUCCCCCUGAAUACGGCUCGUUCCGGCAAAAUCCGGAGAUUCAGCUGCCAUUCCAGCAACGGCCUCCCCAUCACCACAGCCCGACCUCUUCCCUGACCUCUUUGGGGUCCCUGACGCUGUUGCAGUCGUUGCCCCCUUCCAGACUGUCACCGUCUCAACACCAGCCCCCUCUGACCCCAAGCCAAGGAGACCCCUUCUCUCUGCCCCGGACACAGCCACUUUUUUUGCCCAGCCAGAUGCACCAGGGUGACAUCUACCGAUUCUGCCAACCUCUUCCUGGACAGCAGCAAGCGGACUCUUACUCGGCCCUGCCCAGGCCCCCGCCAGCCCCUUCUCCCUACCAGCAAAUGCCUGUGGACCCCUAUGUCAUUGUCUCCAGGGCCCAGCAAAUGGUGGAGAUCCUCUCUGAGGAGAACAAGUCUCUACAGCAAGAGCUGGACGGAUGCUAUGAGAAAGUGGCCAGGUUGCAAAAGCUAGAAACAGAAAUACAACAAGUUUCAGAGGCCUAUAAGAAUCUGGAGAAGUCGUCUUCCAAGAGGGAGUCUCUGGAAAAGACCAUGAGAAACAAGCUGGAAUGCGAAAUCCGUAGACUUCAUGAUUUUAAUCGUGAUCUCAGAGACCGUAUGGAUACUGCCAAUAAGCAGCUUGCUGAGAAAGAAUUUGAAGGCACAGAGGAUAACAGGAAAACCAUCUCCCAGCUCUUUGCACAAAAUAAAGAAACCCAAAGGGAAAAGGAGAAACUGGAAGUGGAGCUAGCAGGGUUUCGCUCAACUAAUGAGGAGCAACGGAGGCACAUUGAGAUCCGGGACCAGGCAUUAAACAAUGCACAGGCCAAGGUGGUGAAGCUGGAGGAAGAACUGAAGAAGAAGCAGGUGUACGUGGAGAAGGUGGAGAAGAUGCAGCAGGCUUUGGUUCAGUUACAGGCUGCUUGUGAGAAGCGGGAGCAGCUCGAGCACCGGCUGAGGACUCGGCUGGAAAGAGAACUCGAAUCGCUCCGCAUGCAGCAGCGCCAGGGAACGUCUCAGACAGCCAACGCCUCCUCCGAGUACAACGCUGGUGCCCUGAUGGAGCUCUUGCGCGAAAAGGAGGAACGGAUUCUGGCUCUGGAGGCGGACAUGACAAAGUGGGAGCAGAAGUAUCUGGAAGAAAGUGUCAUGCGUCAGUUCGCAUUGGAUGCGGCAGCCACUGUGGCUGCUCACCGAAUCAAGACUCUUCACGCUCAGAUCAUUGAGAAGGAUGCCAUGAUCAAGGUCCUUCAGCAGCGGUCCCGGAAGGAGGCCAGCAAGACUGACCAGCUGUCUUCCAUGCGGCCAGCCAAGUCCCUCAUCUCCAUCUCCAACGCUGGCUCUGGCCUGCUCUCCCACUCCUCCACCCUCAGCAGCACUCCCAUCCUGGAGGACAAGAGGGAGGAGAAGAGCUGGAAAGGCAGCUUAGGUGUUCUGCUGGGAACAGAAUGCCGCUCGGAGUCCAUUCCUUCCACACCCUCACCGGUUCUUCCCUCCACGCCGCUGCUCUCGGUGCACUCAAAAACGGGCAGCCGGGACUGCAGUACUCAGACGGACCGGGGCAGUGAGCAGAGCAAGCCCCCUGCCACCUCCCCUGCGCCCCCCACGCCAGGAAGACUCCCAAUGAUGAAUCUGGCCUAUGGGGCAGACAAAUCAGAUGGCUCCAUUUUCCAUUCCAGCACCCUAGAAAGGAAAAACCCACCUCAGAAUUUGGGGCAGGACCUCAAAGAUGCAGAAAUGGUGGAGUAUCUUAUCUGAAAAGAACAUGCUGAAGACAUAGCAAGAAUAAUUUCUUCAGAUACUUUUUUAAGAUAGAAAUUACAGUUACUAUCUCAUAAAGGAACCUUUUUUUGUUAUUUGUGUAUAUACUUUACUCUCAAAGUUAUGAACAGCUUAACUUAUACUUUGUUCCAAAAUUAUUAAAUUAGAUUAAGAAUUGUUUUCCUUACCUUUUUUUAAAAAAAAAUACUGGAUCUGGUAGCAGCUGGAUGAAAGUAAAACCAAGGUCUUAAAUGCACUACAUUUUUAAAAUGACAAUAUUUUUUAAAAAGUUUGUAUUUAAGAGAAAUUUGUUAGCUCUUGGGAUAUCCAUAAUGCCUUUCCAAGCCCGAGUCCACCAUUUCUGCAGAAGACGGGCAAUGGUGCUGCCAUGUUUUGAGUAUUAAAUUUCCCAAAGUUUCUGGUUUCCUCGAAAUCUUUGAGCCUCCAAGAGGUGAAGGGAAACUUUCUCUCCAUGUUUUCCUUCUAAUAUGAAUGUCCCAUUUUUGUAAAACAUUCCAGAACUGGAGAAAAAAAAUCCAGACAAAAAGACUUUCACAACGUGCCUGCACUUAGAUUUUUUUUUCCUUUAAUGUUCAUGUCUUGUCUGAUGAGAUGUCUUGCAAAGUUUUAGGGGGUGUCAUUUUCAUGCGUCAUGCUAAGGAAUAAUGUCCACUGUCCAGUUUUGGAGGAGGAAGCCUGAGGACAGCCGCUUCAGUCCCAGAGGAGGGGAUUCUUCGUGAAACCAGGCUAAAAGGCCUCUCUCUUUUUUCUUUUCUUUUUUUAUGCUCCAUUUUCCACUUUUUCAUUCCGAAAUGGUUUGACUGUAUCUCUGAAUCCUUGUAUAUUAUGAUUUAGUGCCUUACUCGAGGCAAUAUUUACAGCAGGGUCAGUAUUUUCAGAAAUAAUAAAAGGUGGCUCAAAAACA